UGAGGAAGAGGAGAAGGAGGAGUUUAAACCAAAAUGGCGAAUUGACGGUGCAUCUAUGAGCUGUAUAAGUGGACUGGAUGGAUGGAGACAUACUCCUUGUCCCUGUCCUUCUCCGGGACUUCAUAUUACGACAACUUAUCAGCAUGUUGUGUCUUAAUGAGCUGCAAUUUGCUGUUCGUGAUAUCUGCAUCAAUCCUGGUCAGAGAUACACAGGGUGUCAAGGUGACUGGAGGAGAAAUAACUGUGGUGCAAGGAGAGACAGCUAUCUUACCCUGCAAACUCACUGACACAAAGGAAAGCCUGACACAGAUUUCCUGGCAGAAGAAUACCAGAGGAAAACCACAAAUUGUUAAUUUUUUUACAAUCACUGACACAGGUAUACCACGUUUUCACAAUGGAAAGGAUGAUCGAUUUCAAUUUGUUGGGAGCAUUACUGACUUCAAUGGAUCUAUCCAGUUAUCCGAUGUCUCACUCUCGGAUGAAGGUGUUUACACAUGCAUCUUCACUUUGUUCCCCAGUGGAAAUUACAAGACAGAGAUACAUCUAAACCUUCUUGUGCCUCCCAUCACAAGCUUGAAGGACAAUCGUCCUACCUUGGGUAAUCAAGAGGUUUCCCUUGUUACCUGCAUGGCUGCAGGGUCUCGGCCUCCUGCAGAGGUGAAGUGGCAAAUUGAUACUCUGACAGAAAAGGUGAAGCCAAUAACCAACUCUACCCACCAUGACAACGGUACGACCACCACAGUCAGCUCGCUGUUUGGGGUACCCACCAGAGAAAUCAACCAGCAUUCAGUCCAGUGUGUCGUCACCAGUGUAGCCCUGUCGAAAGAAAAGAUCCUGCCCUUCACCAUACAGGUCUACUUCUCACCCAUGGAAGUGAGUAUCAGUGGAUCAGAUAACUCAUUUCAAUGUGUAACUGAAGCCAACCCUCCCGCCAACUUUACCUGGAGCAGAUCUGAUGGGUCAUGGCCUCAGUCUGCUGUCAGAGCAGAGGGUGCAGUGCUUCACCUCUCGAGCAUGACCUCUGACCUGAAUGGCGAGUACCAAUGCGAGGCAUCUAAUUCAUAUGGAAGAAAACAUGGUCGCCUUUAUUUGCAUGUGAUUUCAGGAGGAUGCAGUGCUUGUUGGACCUUAUUUGUUUUGCUUAUCCUGAGUGGAGCUGCUGCUGCAGUGUGGUACUUUUAUAAAUCUGGGAAAUUUUGGAGGACAACGGACAGGCAGGCAGUCCCAACAACUUCAGGUUCACCUGAUGGGGCUCGUGGAGCAGAAGAGACAGUGGAUCUACGUACACAAGCGGAGGCAAAAGAAAGAUAGAUCUCUGUGACAACCAUGGAAGCAACUGGAUGGAGAACAGUUGGACUGCAGGCAUUUAACUGGCUCCGUCAUUAACAUUCCUGUUAACAGAUGCAACAGAGCAGAUGCUGUGUAUUUAUUUAUAUCAGUUUCCCUGGAGUCUUACUACUACUAGCAAACUUGGGUUUGCUUUUGGGGGUUGUGGGUUUGCUACUGUCUUGGUGCAAUCACGCAUCAACUGCUGUUCACAUACUGAUUUGGCAAACUGUCAAAAGAGCUCGAAAUCUCUUUGGCUGCUUAUCACCAAUGGCUCCAGCAGUAGGCAGAUAAGCUCUGGACAUAUUUUCCACAAAGUGUGACUUCAUUAUGACUGAAUUUAGCAUGAGAAGAAAUAAAAUCACUUUUAAAGGGGCCGACGCUACUACAGUACUCAAUCCAAAAGGCAGCAUACAGCAAACCAAGAAUGAAAACUACUAACUAUAAACCUGCGUCUGUAUGUUUUGAACAUACUCUACAAUAUUAAUUUUUUAUGCUGUCAGAAUGUGGCUUUUUCCGAAACCGUAUCACACUGAACCCUGUGCUACGAUGUUCAAACUGAAAGCUUAAAUUUUAAAGAUGAAGUUGAAAAUGGCAAUGGAAAUAAGAAAAGAGAAAUAUAAUAAAUAAAACAAAUACAAAUAUGAAACUCAAAAUGGGAGAUGGAAAAGCUUAAAUGGGAAUACUUAAAUUAAAAGCUUAAAUAGAAGAAAAUAAAUCAAUAUUUUUUUGCAUUUGCACUUUACCAUUUGCCAUUUUAAAUUUCAUCUUUUCUAUUUUCCAUUAGGCAUUUACCAUUUCACAUUUGUCAUUUGGCUUUUCAAGCUGUAUGUAAAUUAAACGGCUGGGCCGCAGAGGCACUUUAAACCUCUGUUACACUUAGCAGUUAAGACGGUUGGUGGGAAAACAUAUACAGAGCUUAUCUACAGGAAGUUGGAGCUGUUGGUGAUAAAGCAGCCAAAGACCUUUCGAGCGCUCUUUAGUUUGACAAGCAAGGUUGUGACAACAUCCAUUCCUGUUUUGGUCCGUCUUUUGAACAGCAGUAGAUGCAUGUUUGUACCAAUCACACACUAAUUUUGUCUCUUUUAAUUUUCUAUUUUGACUUUUAAUUAUAAUUAUGACCAAAAAUAUCCUCCAUAGUACAACACCACCUUUAACUAUGACCUCUAUAAAAAACACAUAAUUGUCCAUUCAUGAUGAUGUCCUAUAUUUGGUUGCCAAGAGAGUUCAAAGCGGUACAGACAUAUUUCUUGAAUGUGUUUCUUGUUAUACGCAUCUGCAGCUUUUUGUCAUGAUGUUUUAAAGUGGAGAAGAUCUUAUCUUAAAAGUGUUUUCUUGAGUUGAUAUGUGUAUGUGCUUUAUCACUUAUCAAAUGUUGUUACUUGUUUUACUUGUUUGUAAUAUUAGUGUUGGGAAAACCCAGUGUGGAACAGGCUUUAUCUUUUUGGCAUCAGUGUUACACAACUGCUGUGCUUUGAACUCUAUAGUUAUGUGUGUACCCAUGAAAGAAGUGAGCAAAAACAGCAUUACAGGACGUAUCCAUAUUCUUUUAAGGUCAAAAUGAAGUUAUAUGUUGCAAACUCUGCAAAAUAGAUUACUCUGUAAUGUUAACUGUUUCACUGCAUCUCCAUGCACGACAACAUCCUGUUGACCUGCAUGUAAACCACUUUGCAGACUGAUCUGAGAAAGAAACAAGCAUCCAGGUACACAGUAGACUUGUGCAUUUUUAGACCACAGCUUAUUGUUAGUGCAGUACAUUCAAUUUAUUUGUGAGUUUUAGAGCUGGGUCAUGCUGAAACAAUGCUUUGAGCUUGAUGCUAACGUUAAUAUGCCAACAUGGUAACAAUAACAAUGUUAACAUGCCCGUAAACACAAAGUACAAAGUGGUCAACAAACCGACAUUGUCCAUCUAAUAAUUGUUUAGACCAUUGGCUCUCAACUAAAAAUAUCAACCUUCUGGUGGAAAUAAGAGGAAAUCUUUGGGGACCACUUAAGUUAUCAGGAUACAUUAUCUGGGUACCAAGAAUAUCAAAACCAAACUACUGAACUACUACUGAAACUUGAGACCUGCUGGUUGCCCUAGAUGAAAAGCUAUUAGGAUUCACCCUUUGGGGACCUUGAACAUCUGCACUAAAAUUUAAUGGCAAUCAAGCCAAUAGUUGUUGAGACAUCCCACACAUAAACAAAAAUGCCAAUUUAAUGGUGACAUUACAGGAAUUUUUUUUUUGUCAAAUUUUGGUUUUACUUAUCUAUAGAUAUGUAUUUAUACGACACUGAAAUCUUUGUUUAGUGUUCUCCAGUCACUCUGGGCUGGAGGUAGGCUACAGUUUCUCUUGGAAUAAUCUUCUUCAGUCAAUAUCAACAAAGCAGGACAGUAAACACACCCAACCUGGUUCAAACAUGGUUUACAUAAUAAGAAUAAUGACUAAUAAUAAUGAUGGUCUUUUAUUAUAUGUUUGCUUUAUAGUGAAAUUAUGCUGUAAUUUUUGGGAUUUUGUUAUGUUUCUUUCUAGUUUUUAGGGGUUUGACAACAGUUAGUGAACUUUCGUGUUUGGCUUGAAUUUAUUUACUCACUUUUUUUUGUGCGUGUGCCUUUUUGACUUAAAACAUUUCCACCGUGUGUUCUUUAAUUAUCUCCCUUGUUGCUAGACAAAAUGUGUUGUUUGUUACUUGCGUCGUCUGUAUUAUACAUCCAGAUAAACAUUACAAAUGC